AUGGAUGCAUUGGAAGAAAAAUGGAAACACUUUCGAUUAUCAGAGGAGGAAGAGGAAAGUAUAGUGGUGGAUGAGGAGUCAUUAGCAGUUUCUCUUAGAAAGGGUGAAAGGAGUCUGGUGGGUAAGUUGUGCUCUGAUCGAGUGGUGAAUAAGGAUGUAAUACAUAAUACCAUGUCCAAGAUAUGGAGAGUGAACAAGCCAUUUCAAUUCCAAAGUAUAAGUUCUAACUUGUUUGUCAUAAUGUUUGAGGAUGAAGCAGAUAUGGAGAAGGUGAAGAUGGGGAAGCCAUGGUUAUUUGAUAAUAACCUGUUUGUUUUAAAACCUUUUGAUGGUUUGGUAUCUCCAAACCAGCUAGUCCUUGAUACUGAGGCUUUCUGGAUCCAGCUUUAUAAUUUACCAUUGGCUUGCAUGAAUAAAAAGAUAGGCACUCAGAUUGGUUCCUCCAUUGGUGAAGUGUUAGACAUUGAUGUUAAGGAUGAUGGUACGGGAUGGGGACAAUUCUUGAAUGAAGGUGGAGAUAAAUCUGUAUAA